AACCGACCAGGCAGCGGCGGCGGCUGCCCACCCACCCAUCCACCUACCCACCCCACUCCUUACUGGAUCUCCCCCUCCCACUCCGAAGAGGGGUUGCCCGGAUCGUUCCGCUAUCUUUGUGCGCAAUAAAGAAACCACCCGGAGGCUUGGCCACGGGGAGGCGGCAUCCUCGCCACCGCCCCCCUACUCUCAGCGCACCAGCCUCUCCCGCACCCCUAACAUGCUGCAAUAGGAGCACUCAGCCUCCGGGAAAGAGGGCUGCCUGCCCGGCCAAAGGGGGCGCCGAGACCCGCGCGGAACAGUCCUGGCCGCCUCCCUCGGCAGGAUUGUUAUUCCCAAUAAGGAAUAUAUAUUUUUGGUGUACAGUAUGUGUGAUUUUUCCCACCCCUCCGCCUUAGCCACCCCCUUUCCCCGCUUCAUGUAACUGCUGGAAGCUCCUUUGAUUGAGUAGCUUUGUUUUAAUGAUUAUUUCCCCCCUCCCGGAUCCGGAUCCAGUUUGGAUGUCGCCUUGGACUUGUCAGCAAUGCCGGGCUGGUGGUGGCGGCGGCGGCAGCGGCUCCCGGUUCUCCCGCCGCGUCUGCGCCUCGGCUCGCUCGCUUGCUCGCUCUCCUUUCCCUCCGCGCUGCCUUCGGAUUGGUCUCUCCGCUUUAAAGUGCUGUCCAAGGGUUGGCUGCAGGGCUGCUGAAUAACAGGUGCAGUUUGCUGCUCCGUCGCUUCGGGGAGGAGGAGGAGAAGGAGGUGGGGGGGCAGGGGGGGAAAGAAGGAAAGAAAGCCCAGCAGCCGAGGAAUGUCGCCGCUGCUGCUCCAGCCGCCGCUGCUUCUGCUUGGGGGGUGGGGUGGAAAGGGGGGCAUCUUCAACAUCAUCACCCAAAACCAGGAGCCAGAGGAGCUUGUUUUUCCCACUCCCGCUUCCGUAUGGAGAAAUGGGUUUCGUGAUUGUUGCUGAAUGCGGAUCUCUGGGCUAGGAACGAGAAAGGGGAGACAGAAAAAGCACCACACCAGCCCCAGCACCCAAGGAUCAUCAUCAUCACCAUCGAAGGAGGUGGAUUUUUGGGGACUGCUGUUUUGGGUUCGUGUGGGAAGAAGCGCCGCGGAUUCCUCAUUUUUUUGGGGGGUGGAUAAGAGGGGGGGAAUCGAAGGUAAAAAAGGAGGCUACUUCAGCACUGCUGGAGGAUGGGGAGAGCUCGGCCAUUCCAGCUGAUUCAGCAGCGGUUGUGUGAAUGCGUGUGGAUGUAUAUGUGAUGGCGCGGGGGUUACAGAGCUCUAGGUUGAAUGGGGAAAUGUCCUUUCGGUAACUGACGGCAGCUUCCCCCUCCGUUCUGUGGGAUCUUCUUCUUUCUCCCUCCCCACCCCUCCCUCCCUCUCUCUGUGGCUCGCUCGCUCCCUUUCUCGCCUUUGCGCGCCCCCUCCCUCGCCGCCUUUGCUCCGCAUGCUUCUCGCUCCCCCCCGAUGCCUUUUCUUUCCCCGGGGGGAGGGUGUGCCAGGCCCCUAGGAGGAUGAGCGAAGGGGUCUCCUCUCCUCCGGGUGCCGCAGCUGGUGCCGAGGAGGGGGCGGCGGCCGGAGCCGGUGGUCCCGCGGGCGGCGGCGGCGAUGGGGGCGCCGACCCGGCGGCCCGCGAGGUGCGCUGCAGCGACUGCAUCGUGUGGAACCGGCAGCAGACGUGGCUGUGCGUGGUGCCCCUCUUCAUCGGCUUCGUGGGCUUGGGGCUCAGCCUGAUGCUGCUCAAGUGGAUCGUGGUGGGCUCCGUCAAGGAGUACGUGCCCACCGAGCUGAUGGAUUCCAAAGGCAUCGAGCAGGACCCCUUCUUCCUCUCCAAGCAGCCCACCACGCCGCCCAAAAGCGUGGACACCACCACCACCAGCACGGCCACUACCACCACGUCGAGGACACCCAAUAGGAUAAGUACCCGCCUCACCACCAUGACCAAGGCGCCCACCCGCUUCCCGGGCACCCGGGGCCCGAUCCGCGCCGGCCUGCCGAGAUCCACCACGGCGCGCCACACGGUCGCGCCCCCGACCGUCCUUGCCACCACCACCACCGCUGUCCCUUUCAGCACCACCAUCCUGAUUUCCCGCCCUGCGCCUGGCACCCCUGGGACCCAGCCUCUGCCCAUCUGGCCCACUGCGGCAUACACUACCUCCUCCUACAAGACCUAUCUUCAGGACUCUGCUCCGUCCUGGACCUUAUCCCCCUUCCAAGAGGCCAGCACCACCACCACGCCAGAGGCCAACACCAGCCCCAAAUACCAUACCACAACAUACUCCACUGAACAAUCUGAGCACUUUAAGCCAUGCAAAGAUAAGGAUCUUGCAUACUGUCUCAACGAUGGGGAAUGUUUUGUCAUUGAAACCCUGACAGGCUCCCACAAACACUGCCGGUGCAAAGAGGGCUACCAAGGAGUCCGCUGUGACCAAUUUUUGCCGAAAACCGACUCAAUCUUGUCAGAUCCAACUCACCAUUUAGGAAUUGAAUUCAUGGAGAGCGAAGAGGUUUACCAGCGACAAGUGCUGUCUAUUUCCUGUAUCGUCUUUGGCAUAGUCAUAGUGGGCAUGAUCUGUGCAGCGUUCUACUUCAAAACAAAAAAGCAAACAAAACUUAUUCAGGAACAGCUGAAAGAGACACGAAAUGGGAAAACCUACAGCCUUAAUGCUUCCAGCAUGAUGGCAAAAUCAGAGACCAGGGCCGAAAGCCGAGUCCAGCUGCAAAAUUAUUCAAAGGCAAACAGACAUCCAGAGCCAGUGAUGGAAAAAAUGAUGGAAUCUAGCUUUUCAGGAACUCAGUCCUUUCCGGAAGCCUUGUCUCCUGACAGAGGUAGCCAGGCUAUGAAGCCACACAGAAGUCUCUCUUCAUGCUGCAGCCCAGGUCAACGAACCGGGAUGCUCCACAGGAAUGCCUUUCGGAGGACUCCUCCCUUACCUCGGGGCAGGUUCAAUGGGAUCACAGGACCAGCAUACCAACAACUAGAAGAGUCAAGGAUCACAGAUCAGGAGACAAUACCUUGUCAAAGGUUAUCUACUGGUUUAAAAACACCACAGAAUACUUCAAUAAAUAUGCAACUGCCUUCAAGAGAGACAAGCUCUUAUUUUACUAGCGUGGCUCCAAAGGAUAUGGUUGGCUAUCCAUCUCCACGGGCCAGUUCCGUCCCCAUCAUUCCUUCGGUGGGCUUAGACGAAGCCUGCAUGCAGACACAAAACGUUUCAGACAUAACAGGCAUCAAAUGGUGCAAAAACUCCUAUUCCACUGAACUUGUUAAUGUGAGUGCCCCAGCCAGCAGUUGUCUUAUUGCAGAACAACAAGAAGUCAAAAUAUUGUUAGAAACUGUCCAGGAGCAGAUCCGAAUCCUGACUGACACAAGGAGGUCGGAGGACUUUGCGCUGUCAAAUGCCGACGCCAAGAACAGUACAAGUGAAAACACAGCAUUUCUGCCCAUGAGUCCUGUGGUGAAAUCGGAACAAGAGGCACAGUUUGUCUUAAAAAGUGAAAUGAAAAGAGACUCAGCGUCAGUCAAGUGACUUUGACCGGGGGUGAGGGUAGGGGUGGGGGGUGGGAGGGAUGUACGGAUCUGUGCAUUUGAAGCUUUGCUAAACAGGAAAGAGAGGAAAUUAAAUACAAAUUAUUUAUAUGCAUUAAUUUAAGAGCAUCUACUUAGAAGAAACCAAAUAGUCUAUCGCCCUCAUAACAGUGUUUUUUAACAAAAUAUUUUUUUAAGGGAAAGAGAGGUACCAGGAGGGAAAACAAUCAGAAAUUUUGAUUUAUUUAUUUUUUCUUCCUUUCUUCCAGUUUUCUCCCACCCCCUUAUUCUGUUGUUUCCUCCGGGCUUACAAAACGCAGUUUCACAAUUUUACAGAUGUCCUGUUUAAAGGUUUAGUCUGGCACAACACCUUAGAUGUAUGAAUUUCAGAAGAGUGCUACAUGAGAACUGUUGUUGGGCAUUUUACCAGCACAUCUUCCACUGAAAUGAAUGGGAGCAAGAGCACAGUUACUGUUCUUAUUUCGCUGUUUCAAUGGGGCUCGCUUGGGUGACAGUGGCAUUGUGCCCAGUGCUCCCCCAUGCCUCCUAACCACAAUCCCUUUUGAGUAGUCUGGCUCCCACAGCCUCCACAAUUCAGACCACUGUUUAACACAAGAGUUUUGUCACUGAUCCAGAUUUGUAAAACAAAUCCGAAUGAGCCAUACCAAAAUAUCACUGGAAAUGAAAUCCAACGUGAGUUUGGCCAUUCGUUCCACAAGCAAAACAAACAAGGAAUUCUGAAUGAAGUCAUAGCAGCUUUGCCAGGAUUGCAGGAGGUUGUUGUAAGGGAGAAGGGGAUUUGGAAAUUUAGGUCGUCCUCCAGUGAUGCUUUGCAGGAAUCCAAAAUGGUUUUGGUAAGUCUAGUAACAUUUCUCAGGGGAGUUUAAGCAUAUCCCUAAUGCAAAUAUGUUACUCCCCUGCAAAAACUAGAAUGUGUGACAUCAAGACUUAAAUUCUAGCACUUCAGCAAGUGUGGAUGCUUUAUGGUAUUUUAUUUUUUAUUUUUUAAUACCAGGAGGUUUGAUCCAAAUGAGCACUACUCUAGUAGGUAAAUCUAAGGAUGUUUUCUUCUCACUUCAGCACUCGCUAUCAAUGACUUUUAUUUGGAAACAAUUUCCUCCCCCUCUUAAUUUCAAACCAGAAAAAAAAUUCUACUUGAGAGGAAGGUUACUCGUGGCAGAUACGCAGCCUGUGUGUAUAUUACCUAUUUCAUUUUAUUUUCAAACAACACAACAAAAGCCCACAGCUUAAACCACAUUACGUUUGCCAUGGAAUUUCGAGUAUUGUCAGAAUGUUAUUCUUGGAAGUCAUUUGUGAACUCCAGAGGGACUGCUCAAGUAUGUGCAUACGUGUGCGUUUUAAUUUUAUUAACUCCUUGUCCAGGGGCCUGGAGGAUCUUGUGUGUUUCUGUAUUCGGCAUAUAUAUAUGCGAUUGUCACUUUAAUUUACUUUCAUGUCUAAUAUUCCCAUUCACUUUCAACCUGAUCCAUAACCAAGUGAAGCAUCUUCACUGGACAUGAUCCAAAGUUCCUUUGGGCCCCUCAGAGAGGAAAUGAUCAGUUUGUAUAUGUUAAUUUCCCAUUGUCCAUGUGUAGAGCAGCAUUGGAUGAUAAAAACAGAAAAUUCAGCUCUCUGGCACUUCCUGCUUUUCCGUAUCAUCCUUAGCAAAAGCUGCACAUCUCAUUGUAUGGGACGUGUGCCGGUUUUCCUUCAGGGGUUACAUGGAAAUGGGAAGUAUAAGUCUUGUUCUCCCUGCAAAUUGUAAAAGGCCAGAGCUGCCCUUAGGUUUUCAACCUUAAAACCUGGAUCACACAAUCCUAAGUGUAGGGAGACCCCUGGAUUUGAAUGGACACAUUAGCAGCAAUCUGUCCUCAGAUGCUUCUUUUACACAUCGUGCAAUCCACUGAGCCAAAGUGGUUUUAGAAAAUAUUCAUUGAUAUUAAUGGAGAUCUGGGUGAGCACAAAAUCAGGUCCUUAAAAAUAAGAUAAACUUGCCAGUUGGGGUUUUCCUAAGAACUUGAAAUUUCUUUUGUAUUGUUUUUAUUUAACCACAAACCACAAUAUGGCAUCAGAAUAAAGAACUUGUGUUCAGUAACAACCUAUGUAUUAGUACUUUUUUAUUUUUAAAACAAGAGUAUCAUCUGCUUAAACUGUUUGUACAAAUUACUCUCUAUAGUAAAGAAAAGGAAAAAAAUAGACCAAACAGCCUUCCCUCUUUAAUGAUAGACAUCAUAUUUUCUAAAAUAUAUGCACACUAUAUAGAUGGAAUACAUUAAUACUCUAAUCCACAGCCAGAAUAUUGUUAUAAAAAACUGCAUUACCUUGAUUCCCAAGUUUUCUCAAGAGCCAGGUUUCCAAAAUAGCACAGUAGAUAUGUUCCUGUGAUAAUGAGAAGAAAGCAAUAUUUUACUCCCCGUCAAAUGAACUGGAUAAAGAUGCUUUAAAAAUGCCACUUGUUUUACUUGCCAUUCACAAAUCCCCGACACCAUUCAAAAUCCGUAGACACACAAAUCCCUUUUUUUGUUUUUCCCCAAUGUUGAUGGAAUUGUCCUGUUUACAUAACUUUCUAUGGCUCUAAUCUUUGCUGUGUGUUUUCACUAAAGCGGUAUUUCAGUGCAAACUGACUGAUCUGAUCCAGAAUGGUACCACAAAUUAUACUUUUCCACCAAUGUCAGAAGUUCUCAUAAGAUUGGAUAAAAGGGGUUGGGGUUGGGGUGCUACCCAGAAUCAUAGGAAAAGACAAUGAACACAGAGUUGGCUGUUUUGCUGGAGUGGGGAGCAAACAAAGAACCUCCCCUUCUAACCAGUCUUAAAAAUCUACUGGAAACACACUGCAUGAUUUCUGCUGGAGAAAAAAAACAAAUCUGAUUUUGGCAAUGCCUUUCUUAAAGCAUUCUAUCAUUUUGCCAUCCUCAAAAGGAGGAAGAGCAGAGCAGCAAUGUAUUAAUGGUCAGUUGAUGUGGUUUCUUGGUUUCUUUUUUUAAUUGACAUGAGAGAUGAAGAUCUGAAACGGUGGGAAAUCUUCCAUUUGUGUUAGCAAUGCUCUCUGUAUCCAGCAAAGGAUGUGUGACUGUUAUAUGUUAACUGUUCUAUUCAGUUUUCAGCAUGUUUGAAUAGAGAGACAUUAAUAUUAA